UUGAGAUUGGAGAGGAAACAUGGAGAGUCCUAUGAUGUUGGUCGGUGUAGUUAUAAUGGUAUUGGAGAUCAGCCUCAUGGCACAUGCAGCUGUUCCUGCCACUGUCUUGAAACAGAUUGAUAUGGUAAACAAAAAUGGCCCUUAUUUGGGCAUAGUGGUGCCUAAUGCCUUUGAAAUGAACCCUCUUCUUCAAUCUCCAAGCCUUGUGGUUGAUCCUACUCUUCCACACUUGGAUUUUUCAGGUCGACGGUUUCGAUUCGGACAUAUAAGAGGCAAGAAGGUUAUAGUUGUGAUGACAGGACUAAGCAUGCUUAAUGCAGGAACAACUACAGAGUUGCUUCUAACUCUGUUUAAGGUAACAGGUGUGCUUCACUAUGGAAUAGCAGGAAAUGGUGAUCCUGAGCUUGAAAUUGGUGAUGUAACUAUUCCUGAGUACUGGGCUCAUACAGGCUUAUGGAAUUGGCAGCGGUUUGGAGAUGGACCUGAGGACGAACUUGCAUUAGAAUCCAAUGGAGAUUACACAAGAGAAAUUGGGUUCUUGAAAUUUUCCAACUUCAAUACAGUUGAGACAAAGAAUGAAACAUCUUUAGACAACCUUUUAAACAAUGUUUGGUACCAACCAGAGGAGAUCUUCCCUGUGGAUGGAACUCCUGAAAUCAGACAGCGUGUCUUUUGGAUUCCUGUGGACAGACAAUACUUUUCAGCAGCCAAGAAACUUGAGGGACUGAAGUUGGAAGGGUGUGUGAACUCAACAGCUUGCUUACCAAGAGCGCCUGUUGCAGUGAGAGUGCAAAGAGGGGUCACUGCCAAUGUGUUUGUUGACAAUAAAUCUUACAGAGAGUUCCUGCAUUCAACAUUCAAUGUGACCCCCAUUGACAUGGAAUCUGCAGCUGUGGCGCUCGUCUGUCUUCAACAAAAGAUACCCUUCAUUGCAAUUAGAUCACUGUCUGAUUUGGCUGGUGGAGGCUCUGCCUUGUCCAAUGAGGCUGCCGCCUUUGCUGGGCUAGCAUCCCAGAACGCUGUCACUACUCUCAUUAAAUUCAUCACGUUAUUGUGAUAAAAGCAGAUAGAUACUACCAAUUUCUUCAACAAAGAAUUAUUAAUAAUGCAGUGUUGUGAACUUUUAAUAUCCUGUUCUUUUUAUCAAUAAUGAUGUCACUCUUCAAAU